UCUUGUUGCAAUGACAGCGCAGGAGCAAACCCAAAGCUAGUUCUGGACGGAUUUAAAUUGUUUCUUUAUCAAAUUAAUUCAAAGAAAUGAAAAACCUGAUUGAUGCUCGAAGUCAGAAAUGCUGGGCAGAACUUAUUGACAAAGAAUCUUCUACUCGGGUAGUAUGGAGAGAGAAGUAUUGGGAUAAACAACUCAUUGUUCCCGACACUACUGCUAAGAAACAGUCCAAGUUGUUCAAACUUCCCGCGAAGGAUAACAUUCUUCCAGCAAUUCACACUCCAAAGCAACAGGAAGGAAGAAAGAAACCAGUUCAGGGAACACCUGUAAAAAUUGAGCCGAUUCAGGAGAUGCGACCGGUAACUCCUCAGAUUCGAAGUCUGCUGUAUGACGGCUUUACUAAGGAGCAGAAGGGCAGGCACUUGUACCUGAAAAAGAGAAUGGCAAAACCCCCCGAGGAAAAGUUUCACUAUCCUCUUCUAUCAUCCUGGACAUACGGCUGGAGGCUGGGUGAUGUUAUGGAGGAACUCCGGUUGCCAGCUCAUGGUCGACUGAGAACUCUGAAUGACACUUUCUAUUCGAGAAACGGUAUCUUCUACAAGCAAUCUGCAACUGAUGCACUUGCUCAGCUAAACUGAAGAAUGGGACAGCAACUCUCCAAUGAUAUUUUAAGUAGAGGGUCGAUGGAGCAAGCACAAACACAAUGACAACUGGUUAAAGUAAGAUGAUGUGUAAACCACUUGAGCAUCAUAUAAAGCGGAAAUGCAACUCAGAUGAUUUUUUUGGAGAGGAAUGCUUGGCUGCUUGGCAUAGAACUCAGUAGAAUUAUUGGCACUAAAGUGACUAAUGGAUAUCCAGGGACACUGAGAUGGAAGAUCAGCCAUGAAAUGAUGAAUGUUCUAUGGAUGUAAUCAUUAGGGCGUAUUCUGGAAUUGUGGAAUAUAGCAAAUAUUCAUUUCAGCAGCAACCCGUCUGAAUGUGGAUUAUAGAUUGGGUUUAAGAUACAGCUCAGAACAAUGAUUUGCAGACUGGGGGUGAUUGUGAGCCAAGAAACACUCAUUGAUGUGAGAGGUCUGCAUGUGCAUGAAUGUAGCUCAGGGACAAUUGUGAUUAGCAUUUAUUUUGGGUGUCUGGCAUGCUGGUGUGGAGAUUUGGGUGUUUGAAAAUGAUACACAAUUCAAAGGAAGAUUUGCGGAUACAUUUUAACUAUAGAAUUUCCUGCUAUUACCUUUGGUGUUGAGCAUAUAAAAAUGUCAUGUAAUGUCGGAUCAGGGAGCCUCUUCUUCUGAGCGUUAUUCUACUUCCUUUGACAUAUACACAUUGAAUAAAAUUCAUUAAAAAUGAGUUGUGAUUUCAGCCAAUUAUUCCAGAUACAGAACUUACGCCGC